AGAGGCGCGCUCGGCAGAGCCACGGGCAGGUGGAGUAGGAGCAGUAGUGCGAGUUGUGUCGUGCGAGUGAAAACAUCGACGCUAUAAGGAUGCUGGCAUCUUUAGCAGAGUAUCUCGUUCGCACAUAACAAGUUGGAGCCUUGCACACGGAGAAAAAAGAACUCGGUGACGUACCAAACGUGAAUUUGUGAGUGAGCGUGUGUGUGUUUUUUUCUGACCCACGAGCCAAUGCUAUGUCGAUCCCGUACAAAUGUGCAGAAUUCGUGUUAAAAUAAUUUAAUUGAAUUCCUCGAGUCAUAUAGCGUCCGGUUAGAAUAUAUCUAUAUAUACAUACGUAUACCGACAGAGCGCUCACUUGAUCUCUCUUUCUCUCUCUUUCUUUCAUAACGGAAUUCCAUAUACACUUACUCUCGGAGUGCGAGGAAAAUAUUUUUGACGAAUUCAAACAUCCAGACACCGGCUUCAAAUAAUAAUCGAGUGUGUACUUUUUUUCUUUUUUUUAUUUAUUGGAAGAAGAACGUCGAUGUUAACAUGAAGUGAGAGCUGUCUAUUCCGUCUUAUCUAUCUAGAUUACCUAAAAAUAUUAAAGCAGUGCCAAAUAUUGCCAAUAACCAAAAAUGACGGUGCACGUGGAUGCUGACAUUAGGGUAAAAAUCAUCUUCAAUGGGGAAGUGCAAAUUAUUUACAUCAGUUCGGACAUUGAAUUCGAAAAAUUAAAGGACGAGGUGAGGAGCGUUUGCGGAUUUCAAGCGGCUCCGGACGAUACCAAUCACCACCAGCAGUUCACGGUCAAAUGGAUCGACGACGAGGGCGAUCCCUGCCGCAUAGCCUCGCAAAAAGAGCUCGACGAGGCGAUAAGACUCUACGAGAUCGAAAAAAGCAACGAAAUCAUCGUUCAUGUAUUUCCUAAUGUACCGAUGGCCCCGGGACUUCCAUGUCAAGGAGAAGAUCGAAGCAUCUACAGACGCGGGGCUCGAAGAUGGCGAAAACUGUAUCAUGUGAACGGUCACGUAUUCCAAGCGAAACGAUUCAACAAGCGAGCCUUUUGCGCCUUUUGUCACGACCGAGUCUGGGGCUUGGGUCGCCAGGGCUUCAAAUGCACCCAGUGCAAGCUGCUGGUGCACAAAAAAUGCCAUAAAACCAUCAAAAUCGGCUGCUCGAAUCAGCAGCCGAUAGGCGCGUACAACGCGGCCACGUCGUCGGGCAAUCAGGACUCGUCGCCGCGUUCGACGACGUCCGCCCGACACAUGCGCAACGACAGCGACUCGACCGAGGUCGCGGCUCACUCGCUACAGCCGCAGUACUUGAGAACCGGAGCGACGGCGGAAACGACGACGAAAAUCACCGACGGACCGCACGAGGAGCUCGUCAACAGACCCGAGGACAGCGAGGAUCUCGGGGCGACGAGCGGCCAGCAGCUCAGCCUCAAGGACUUCGAGUUGGUCAAGGUCAUCGGCCGAGGCUCCUACGCCAAGGUGCUCAUGGUCGAGCUCAAGUCGACCAAGUGCAUCUACGCCAUGAAAGUCAUCAAAAAGGCCCUGGUCACCGAGGACGAGGACAUCGACUGGGUCCAGACGGAGAAGCACGUCUUCGAGAUAGCCUCGAAUCAUCCGUUCCUCGUGGGGCUCCACUCGUGCUUCCAGACGGCCUCGAGGCUCUUCUUCGUCAUCGAGCUGGUUCGCGGCGGCGACCUCAUGUUCCACAUGCAGCGAAAGAGACGCCUGCCCGAGGAGCACGCCCGGUUCUACGCGGCCGAGAUCAGUCUGGCGCUCAACUUUCUCCACAGCAAGGGCAUCAUAUACCGCGACCUCAAGCUCGACAAUGUGCUGCUCGACCAGGACGGCCACAUCAAGCUCACCGAUUACGGCAUGUGCAAGGAGAACAUACACGAGUUCGAGACUACCGCCACCUUCUGCGGCACCCCCAACUACAUAGCGCCGGAAAUUUUGCGCGGCGAAAACUACAGCUUCUCCGUCGACUGGUGGGCCCUCGGGGUCUUGCUCUACGAGAUGCUCGCGGGCAGGAGUCCCUUCGACAUAGCCGGCGCUUCCGAGAACCCUGAUCAGAACACCGAGGACUAUCUCUUCCAGAUAAUCCUGGAAAAAACUAUACGUAUACCGAGGUCCCUGUCCGUCAAAGCCGCCAGUGCACUCAAGGGAUUCCUCAACAAGGACCCCAAGGAGCGUUUGGGCUGCGGAAGCGGCGUCAACUCGUUCACAGAACUAAUGACUCACCCCUUCUUCAAACCGAUCGACUGGGAGCAACUCGAACAAAAACUGAUAACGCCGCCCUAUAGGCCAAGAUUCGAAUCCGAUCGAGAUUUAGCCAAUUUCCCGCCGGAAUUUACCGAGGAGCCAGUCCUCUUAACCCCUGAUGAUAGCGACGAAAUCACGAAGAUCGACCAAUCGGAAUUCGAAGGUUUCGAAUAUGUAAAUCCACUGCUCAUGUCACAAGAAGAUUGCGUCUAACAAAAAAAGAGCCUGCCAUUUUUUUACAACAACGAUUAUGACAAUUAUUGAAAGAAUUUUUACCUUAACAUUUAUUGUACAGAGACAAGUGAAUUUUUUUUGCUGAAUUUUUAAAAUAAGUAUGAUGAUAAUAAAUUUAUUUUUUUACAACACAGCA